AUUGAACUCGCAUUGUCCUUUUUGUCAUAUUUGAUUUCAAUAUUCCCUUCCUGUUUUUAUUUAACACUCGAUUUCUGCAUGAUACACAAAAAAACUUCACGUUGUCUGAUAUUAUCGUCACAAAAAAGUUACCCAGAUAACGGGUGCCGAGAGAGGUUCCCCUCGGAGAGCACUUACCAAUUUUGAGAAAAACAACGUACUUCAAUCUUCAAAACUCACUUUCUUUACAUUUUAUUAUUCUGUCCAAGCCAUUUUUUUAUGCAUAAAUUAGUCCCUGGGCCUGAUGAUAAUGAUAUUUGUUAUGGUACUAGCCUUUUGAAUUACAGGUAGUCAGGAGUCAGCCAUACAAUAUGCUUGACUGAUACAAAAUUUGAGUAAAAGCUAUGGGUAUUCCAUCGUUAAGGUCGAAGGAGUUGCAAGAUCUAAGGCCUUAUUUAUGAGAGACAGACAAUUUCCGACUUUGCCAGGCUGGUUUCUAAUGACGAUAUUUUUUUUACAGAAAGAUAGGUCGAAUAUAAAGUUUGAUAUUUUAAUUAAUGUUGGCACCGUAAAAGUUUUUACAUCAAAAUCCGCAUUAGACUUUAAAGUAAAAUACAAAUUCAAUGACUUUACAUGAAAAUAAAGCACAGAGAAAGUAAAGAUCCAUGGGAGGUUAUAUGAGGAAACUUUCAAUGUUCUAGAAAAUGGACAUUAUGACAUGCGCAUGCGCAAAGAAAUGCCCCUAGAGAGAAGAAAGAGCAUGAGCGGAAAACAGCAAGCCAAAAUGCAAAUUAUUUUUGGUGCCAUACGGCCCAUACAGUCGAGAUGGCAACAGCUCGUUUCGGUGUGUUUAAGGAUGAGAGUUCGUUGCUAUCUAAAACAGUACCAGGUCACGGUUUUUGAGGCAUGGCAAAGUAAAAGGAAAAACACGAAGUUGGAGUCUAGAAAUGGAAACAACGAGAAGGACUCAAAUAUCGAAGACCUGUGGUCCGUCCAACUCCACCACAUGUCCGCAAAGACGUUAAACUUCUGGUUUAGUAAAUUCUUUUGCGAAGUUAAGAAGCGAAGUGGUAACGCUGCGAGGAGUAAGGAAAUAAUAGAAUAUAGACGUUGGUAAACGCUGGAAGCGUUUCUGUUCGCGGGGUUAGCAAGGAAGUUCAAGUGGCCAAGACGAUUAGCUGAGUGGGAAGUUUUAGCGGGGAAUCCCUAAUCAAGGAAGUCAUAAGGAAACACCACAAUCUUGAGGGUGACCGUUUGACAAAAAUAUAAGUACAAAUAGAAGGCGUUUUUAAAAAGCACCACAAUUCAUGAAAACACAGCAAAGGCAAGGAGAGGGCACUACUCAAAGAGAUAAUAUCUUUAUUAAGCAAAGAACCGACCAAGAAUUUAGUCUACUGUGUGCCGCAGAAUCAGAAAAAGGUAUAUUUUCAGACAAAGACAAUCAGAAAAAGACUUCCGGUUCGGAAUCUAAGUCAAUAGAAAUUUAAUUAAAAAGGUAAUCUUUGAUUUUAAUAAUGCUUGGGCAUACACGAGUAAUUCAGUUAACUCUGGGAUAAUUUUGCUCGAAACCCUGAUGGCUUUAUCGGCGGAGGCGGAAACAGUUUUCAAGGUUACAUUUGCAGCCUUGAUUCUCUUAAAUGUGGGAGGCAAUUCACUUGUCUGUUUGGUAGUCAGACGAUUCCAGCGCAUGCGCACUCCCAUGAACUAUCUUCUGGUGAACCUCGCAAUAAGCGAUAUCGUCGUUGGAAUCUUUUUCUUACCUCGUCAUCUGCUACUUGGCGUUUUUACAUACCCGGAUGAUGGCCUCGCCGCUGAUUGGCUGUGCAAGCUUAUUACGUAUGCCAACCUAGCAUGGCUUGCAAGUUUUGCUAGUGUGUACACGCUGGUAAUCAUUGCGUGGGAGCGCUACAACGCUAUCAUGAAGCCUCUAUCAGUGUCAGCACGAUUUACAACCAAGAAAAUCAAAAUCUGCGUCGCAUUCACUUGGAUAAUUGCUUUUCUUGUAACUCUAGCUGAAGUCAUCGCCACAGAAUACAACAAAGAGACCGCAUUUUGUGAUUAUAACUGGAAGGAAGCUUGGAAUAAAGCGGACGCAGCGUUCUGGUUAUUUGGUGUUGGAGUUCUUCCUACGGUCAUCAUGUGUUCGCUUUACGGACGCGUCAUUAAGAGCUUAUGGUGCAGUAGACAAGCCGUGACCCCCCACGACGUCUCGUACCGAUCGCUUCUCAAGUCCAGGAAGCGAGUGACCAAAGCAGCCUUGACUGUCACUUCCAUACUAUUCGCCUGUUGGAUGCCCAAUCUUAUCUAUUAUUUCAUGACUACUUUUACUCCCAAGUCGAGUAGUACAGGGAGUGCGCUUACUAAUGUCUCACCAAUAUGGUACCGCCUGUCACAUGUGCUUAUCCUGUUGAAUUCGAGUGUGAAUCCGCUUGUUUAUGCAGUACAGGAUAGGAGAUUUAGGGCGGGUAUGAAAAGUUACCUUUGUCGGUGCAAGCGGCGUGCACAGGAGAAUUCCAUGCAACAGGAUGAUACGAUCUUCAGGCUGUCUGUAAUAAACGGCCGAUAAAACGCCUUCAAGCUUUUUACAGCUUGUCUGCUAACGGUCGAUAAAAGGCUUUCCAAACUAUUUACAGGUUGUCUGCUAACGGUCGAUAAAAGGCCUUUCAAACCAUCUACAGGUUGUGUGCUAACGGUCGAUAAAACGCCCCAAACGAUAUAGAGGAUCCUGUUAAGGUCGAUAAAACACCCUUUAAGCGAUUUCUGCUAACGGUCGCGAUAAACGACCUUUAAUGAUCUAAAGGAUGUAAAAUAACGAUAGAGAAAAAGCCCUUUAAACGAUCUAUAGGUUGUCUGUAAAGGGUCGAUAAAACACCCUUCAAACGAUCUACAGGUUUAUGUUAAGGUCGAGAAACGCAAUAAAGCAAGUAUCACACACAGCCA